AUGACAUCAUUGAAUUGUUUCAAAAUCCGUGAUACUAAUGAUAUUGUUAUACAUCCUAUACGAAUAAAUAAUUCACAUGAGAUUAUAUACCAACCAACUGUAAGUAUUGAUAUCAAUAAUAAUGAAGGUAAUCAAAUUGAAAAUUCUACAAUUAGUGUGACUACAACAAUUACAACAACUGUCACUACUGUUAAUUGUCAAGAGAGUCAGUUAAAUUCUCAAGGAGUCGAUCAAAAGGUUGAUGUAUCAACUAGUUACACAUCUUAUUCACAUGGAAAUAAUCAUCCAGUACGAUGUAAACCACAUUUUCGUUAUGCUAGCCUUUCAUCGUCUACUUUUGGAACGUGUAUGCCAACCAAUAAACGUGAUAAUAACAAUAUUAGUAGUAGUAAUAGUAGUAAUAGUAAUACUAAUAAUAAAGAGAAAGCCUUCACAUUAUCGUCUACUGGUGUACAAAUCAGUCGUAAUUGUUUGGACAUUAUCCGAAUAGAAUACGUAAACACAUAG